UCAUGCCUUCGCAUGGUAACCAUGAGGAGGUUUGAUACUUCUUGCGGAACUACUUGUGCCCCUUUAUUAGUUAUUAAGAUUUAUAUUUCAUUGUAUUAGGCAAUUAGCUUCUCUUGUAACCAAAAAGAAAUUAUUCCCAUCUCAAAUUCUGACCAUAAUGGCCUUUUCGAGGCCCUUACAAAAACAGAACUGGGACAAAGAAAAGGGAGCGAAGUUGUUCACCGAGAAAAGAAAAGAGAACAACAAACCGAGAAUUUAUGAUCGUUCCUUAUUAAUUAAGACUUUUUUUAGAAUAUGAACUGGACUACACCAUGCGAGCCAAUCUGCACACGAUAUUCAAAUCACGAUGGUGACUUUGGCCAUAAAAGCCAUAUAACUUGGGACUAUGAAUUUCCUAUAAAGAAGUUUUUUUUACUCUUCCAGAUAAUAAUAAUGAAGGACUCUGCAAGUUUUAGCUUCUCUAUAUAAAUGCAAGUCUACCUGAGUCAAAGUGAAGUGAAGGAAGAAACUGGAAGGACAGGGCAAAAACAUGAGAAGAGGAGAAAUUAUGAGGAAGCUGCUUCCUCUGCUGCUGCUGUUGUUCUUCAUCUAUCUCCAUGGAUUUGCAGUACUAGCAGCAGAAGGCUCUUCUCGGAAAUUUUACUUGCUGGAAAACGUUGACAGUGAAAACAGCAAGGUCGUGGCGUUUGUUGGACGCCUUGGUUCUGGAGGUGGAGGUGGUGGUGGACGUGGCGGUGGUGGCGGCGGCGGGGCACGUGGUGGUGGCAGCAGCACUGCAGGCACAGGCAGUCGCUCAUCCACCCAGUCAGGCAGAUCUUAUCCAAUUGGCUCUGGUGGAAAUGGACAGAGUGGCAGCUGUGCUCGGAAUGGUGGUGGAGUCGGGACUCUGAUUGCAGCAGUUCUGAUCUCCCUGUGGAUGCUUAAUUGGUGAUAAGGCCUAGGAGUGAAUGUGAUGCAGUAGGGUCGCAGAAUAUAUUUUCAGGUCCAUGGUGUCUAGGAAUUUAGCAUAGUAAUGAUUCGGGGAUAUUUUUACGAGUAUGUUACAAAGUUUCAGUGUCAACAAACGUGACUUGGUCCUAUUGUAGGGUUUCCUUUCAAUUCACUUGUAAAUAAAAGGUUGGUGAUAUAGUAAACAAAGAUGCGAAAAACAUUCUCCUCC